AUGGGAGAACAAGUAGCUCAAAGGGUGAACAAAGGGCGAAAGAAAAUGUUGUUCAACCCCAGAGAUUGGGUGUGGGUACACCUUCGGAAAAUACGUUUUCCCGACAAAGCAAGAUCCAAGCUUGCCCCGCGAGGGGAUGGCCCAUUUAUGGUCCUAGAGCGUGUGAACGACAAUGCCUACAUCAUUGAUCUUCCUGAUGAGUAUAACGUGAGUUAUACCUUUAAUGUGGCUGACUUGAGCCUGUUUGAUUUUGUAGGGGACGGCCCGGAUUUGAGGACAAAUCCUUCACAAGAGGGACAGGAUGAUACGAUCAUGGGAGCCGUGCAUCAAACAUUUCAGCCGCAGCGGGAUUCCAAGGAUUUAAAUACACCAGAAUGCCCUAUAGAACUUAAAUCAUUUGUUGGUCGUAGCUUCCCCACAUUGGACAACGCAAUUGAAUUUUACGAGAACUAUGGGCGACGUGUUGGUUUUGAUACAAGGAAGAACGGUUCAAAGAAGGUUGAUGAUAUCACCAUAUGGUUUUACAUGGUGUGUAACAGAGAAGGUGAACAGAAAUUUAGCGAUCAACAACCCAAACGACGACGUAAAUCGAAAAAAUGUGGAUGUAAUGUCGGUGUUGCAUUCAAAUUUGAUUCUGAUCGUGGUUACGUCAUUCAACAUUUGAACGAAGAACACAACCACCCCAUGGUUGAGAUACAACACCAAAAGUUCAUGAGAUUAAAUCGUCAACUUGAACCAGUUCACCAAAAAUUUAUUUCGGAUUUUGCUGGUGCUAAUAUCCGUCCAUAUCUCACUUUUAAGCUGUUGACUGAAUUGAUGGGCCGUUAUGAGUCUGUUGGGUGUACUGUGUUGGACAUCCGUAACUACACACGGGACAUCAGAAGAUAUGCUGAAGGAUAUGACGCCCAAAUGAUAAUAGACGAGAUGAAGAAGAAGAAGAAGAAGAAGAAGAAGGAAAAUUGUGACGCCUUCACGUACGAGUAUGAAGUUGAUUCUCGUAGUCGACUGAUGCAUUUAUUCUGGUGUGAUCCUAUUGCUAAGAUGAUUUUCAUGCAAAUUGGUGACAUUGUCUCGUUUGACACUACGUACUCAACUAAUAGGUACUCAAUGAUUUUCGCUCCGUUCACUGGGAAGGACAACCAUGGGCGCGCAGUGUCCUUUGGAGCUGGUUUGCUUUGUAGUAAGAGCGCAGACUCUUUCUCUUGGCUAUUCAAUCAGUUUGUAAAGUGCAUGGGCAUAGCUUCCAAGUUGAUAAUUACGGAUCAAGACUUGGGCAUGAAAGUUGUUGUUGAAAAAGUUCUUGUGAAUACACGUCACAGGUGGUGUAUGUGGCACAUCAUGGCAAAAAUAGCUGAACAGUUGAUUGAACCCACAGAGUUUGAAGAUAAGUGGAAUACUGUGAUGGAGACAUAUGAACUUGAAGGCGCUGAAUGGUUCGUUUCUAUGUUCGAAUCAAGAAGGUUUUGGGUUCCUGCAUACUUUAGGGACUUCCCUAACAGUUCUUUGAUAAAGAUGACUUCUGUUUCGGAAUCUCAGAACAGUUUUUUCAAGAGGUAUACUCAGUCCAGGGCUAACCUUGUUGUAUUUUUAAUGAAUUUCAACAAUGUCGUUGAUGCCCAACGAAACUACUCCGUAAAGCUGGAUUAUAUAGAUUAUAAUACUACCGCAAAGAUGAAAACAGAGUGGUCUCUUGAGAAGCAUGCAUCUACAAUAUUCACAGAUGGUGCAUUCAAGGAAAUUCAAGAACAGAUACUGGAGACUUAUAACCAUUGCAUCCUUGUAUCAAUAUCAAAUUAUUCAAGUCCAGAGGUUUACAAGGUUUUAGAUCAUUUUUCAAACACAUGGACUGUCACAUUCUCUGUGGAGGAUUCUGUGUGUCAAUGGGAUUGUAAGAUGUUUUCUAGGACUGGUCUUGUAUGCUACCACAUCUUCCUUGUGUUGAAGAACAAAAAGAUGCGCUUGAUUCCUGAGAAUCUGAUUGGAGGUCGAUGGUUGAAAUCUCCUCUGCUUAAGGCUGUUCAUGCUGUCCAAUUCCAAGAUGUAGCAACACAUGUUUAUGUUGAUGAGAAGAAGGCACAAGCAAUUUUGUUGGGAGAGAUGUUGGGUCUAUACCAGGCUGUAUCUAUCGAUAUUGAUCAAAUUCAUGAGCUAACAUAUAUAGUUCGUGAAGCAAGACAACAGAUUUUUGCCGACGGCGUAGUAACGUCUACAACCCAGAAGAAGAAACUAAUGGAGGAAUUUUAUGGUGCUGAGGCACCCCAGGAAGUAGAUGUACAACCUCCUGAAGUCGUCAGCACGAAGGGAUGUGGUAGUAGACUCCCCUCAAGAGUGGAGAAGGCUUUGAAGCUUAAGAGCAAGUCUUUGCGUCAAUGUAAGAAAUGUCAGGAGUGGGGUCACCACGAUUCAAGGAAUUGCGACAAAUUCAAAGGGAAAGAAAAGCUGCGGUCCAGAAGAAAUUCUGAUGUUUGA